AUGGAGGAGGCUGCGCAGGUCAAUCUUGGUCGCGUCUUUGCACAGUUGACGGUGUUCCUUGCGCUCCGCCAGGCUCUCGGGGAGGAAGCAGCAGCCACUGGAUCUCCCUACGUGUUCUACAACCUGGCCUUGACAUGCAGCCAGCUCGGGUGGCAGAAGAGAGCAAGAGCCGCUUUGCUCGAGGCGGUUCGGAGAUCCCCGACGUUUUCAGACGCCUGGAUCAACGCGGGAGUUGUGAUGCAGCAGGAAGGGAAGGUCCUUCUUGCCAUCAGGUGCUACAAGACAGCUGCAAGGACGAGCUCGGGAGACAAGAAGGCUAUGGCGCUAUACAACAUGGCGGCGAUUCUGAUCCGUAUGGACAGACUGCGAGAAGCAAGAGACACCCUCGCUUCAGCUCUCCAGCACAACCCCAGCAUGGCAGUCGUGUACGAUGGUCUUGGGACGGUGAAGCUGAAAGGAGGCGAUCACAAGGGCGCCCAGGGCCUCUUCAAGCGAGCUAUCGCCAUCCAGCCGAACCUUGCGGAGAGCUACUUCAACCUUGCCAGCAUCGAGAGGAAGAGAGGAAACCCACAACGAGCCUUGUCUCUCCUGCAAGAGUCGGCGAAAGGAACUCCCAGUGGAACUUCUUCCCCAAGAAUCUUCUGGGCUCAGCUCCACAACAACCUCGGAGCCUCCCUGCAUGCGCUGGGAAGGUUUGAAGAGGCUGUUGAACAGUUCGACCAGGCCAUAUCCCUCGUCCCCGACAUGGUCAUGUCAUAUGUCAACAAGUGUCUAUUCCUCGCGAUAGGAUCAUGCAUAUGGUCGGGUCUGCUCUUGUUCUCCAAUCAGCCAGGUGCUAGGUACUGCUGCAUCUAA